UCAAUCACCAUUAGGCCCGGCUUUCCCGGUGUGGGAAGAUGGCGUUUUUAUGUGCCGGUGGAGGUGCGGUGCUGCGCCGUGACCGCAAUGCUGGAGACCGGACAGGGAGAUUUAUGGUUGGCGGCGGCCGAAGAAACAACUCGGGUUCCACGAAGGCUGACGGUCGGCAGGGGCCGGUUGUCCGUUCGGAGACCUGCGGCCGGAGAGGGCCGCCGGGUGUGGGGGUCGCGCCUCGGCCCUGCCCACCGACACUGGGGCGCGAUGCCUCGAACCGAGCCGUUGCCGUAGAGUGGGAGCCGCGACUGCCACUGCUCCCUGUGAGAGGCAAUGCCAGGUGGGGAGCAGCCAAGGUUGGAGGCCGUGUGGUGGGACGCUUCUCCCAAAUCCUUGCUGUGUUGCCCUUCUACAGCCCGGUGGUAAAACCUGUGAGUCCUUCCCCAGCAGAGACACCCGGCAAAAAGCACCUAUCGUUGAAGCCUAGUGAAAUGGGUGGUGACUGUGCCCCUUGUGCUUGGACCCUCAGUGACACAUACACGUUUAAAGGGUUUCCCAGCCGUGGAGAUGGUUGGUGUUGGCAUCCUUUGUUUUUUCAAGGGGUGAAUGAGAACUACCACAGUGGGCUUUGGAUUCGGACAUUUCAACGGUUAAUCAGCUCAAAGACCUAUGCAUUGCUUCAGAACAGUAGCAGAUAUAGUCAUUUUUAUUCUAGCAUGAAAGCAUUACAACAAUGCAGAAUGUAUGGCAACUAUAAAGGUGAUGGGAAUGCUGCCCUAUUUCCAGGAAGGAGCAAGACAGUAUACUAUGAUAUUUUGAAAGUCUCUCCCAAUGCCACACAUAAUCAGAUCAAGUCUGCUUACUACAAGCAAUCAUUCAUUUAUCACCCAGACCGAAAUGCAGGUAGUGAGAAGGCAGCACUGAAGUUUACUCAAAUCAGUGAGGCGUAUUCUGUGCUGGGCAGUGUGAGUCUAAGGAAAAAGUAUGACCGAGGAAUUCUGACUCCUGCAGAUUUGCAUGUUGCCAAGAAACCUUCAAGCAAAGUUCAUGCCUCAACAAUAAAACAAACUCAGUCUGGAAGUUCAGAAGGUAAUUUAAAUGAUGGGAAAUCAAAGUUCGAUUUUGAUGAGUUCUACCGGGCUCACUAUGGAAAACAACUGGAGAUGGAGCAGUUGAUGCGGCGGCGAAGGAUGCAGCUUCUCAAAAGCAGGGACAGCCUUGAGGAAAGACUGAAUCUUCAAAGGCUAGUAGAGUUGUCAAUGAUUGCUAUGCUUAUUGCAGGACUUGCCAUCUUGUGCAAUUUAAAAUAAAAAUAACUUACCAAGCUUCUUCAGGGAUUUGACAUUCAGGGAACGUGUAUUGUCACGAUAGCCACAACUUGUAAGAUGCAUGGUUGCAGUAAUUGCUGCAUUUUUAUUAUAACAGCAAGAUGUUUUACUGCUGCAAUCCUAUGUCUUGGGGUCAAAACAACUGCAAAUGCUGAAAAGCUAGUGUACAGAGCGAGCUGGGCAGUGUCUGUAAAAUGGAAAGGAACUGUCCUGAACUCUUUCAUCUACUGUUCUCUUUAUAGAUUCAGGCAACCCUCCCUGUACUUACAAGGUUAUUACCAAAGUAGAUAAAAGUCACCAUAUACAACCCUGAGAUUUGUUUUCUUGCUGGCAUAAUCACAUAAUAGAAUCAAUGAAAGAUUGUAUCCAACAGGACAGGCAAGCAACCAGUGUGCAAAUGACAAUAAACUGCAAAUACAAAAAAAUGCAAUAAAUAUCGAGAACAUGAGGUGAAGAGUCUUUGAAAGUGAGCCCGUAGUUUGUGGGAGCAGUUUACUGUUGGGCUGAGUGAAGCUAUCCCCUAGUUGAAGAAUCAGAUGGUUGAGGGGUAAUAACAGUUGCUGAAUCUGGUGGUGUGGGUCUUGGGACUCCUGCACCUUCUGAUAGCAGCAGCAAUAAGUGAGCAUGGCUUGGGUGGUGGGGUUCCCUGAUGACAUUGCUCCAUGUAGAUGUGCUCAAUGGUGGGAAGGCUUUACCCAUGAUGGAUUGGGCUAUGUUCACUACUUUUUGUAGGAUUUUCCAUUUAAGGGUAUUGGUGUAUCCAUACAAGGCCAUGAUGUCUUUGAGAUAAUUUAUAAACAUUUCCAUCUUGUUUCUUUUACUGUGGGGUUUUUAUGUGUUUGUCUCAUUUAGAUGCUGUUUUAAAAUGGAUAUGUCUGCAUUAUAGCAACACAUAACAAUGGAAUCCCAAAAGACUUAAAACAACAUUUUGUAUCGUUCAGUUUAUUGCUUAAAAAGAUCAGGCUUACACUACGCCUAAAAGAACAGUGCAAAGCAAUUGGUUCUUUUUAUGGAAAUUUGCAAUAAGAUCAUUUAUAUAGAGCUAUUUACUCCUCUCAGGAGCCAGUUAGGAUCCUGAUUCUGGAUUUUAACACCAUUACAAAUGCAAUGUGGUUGAGUUUCAGUUAACUGUCUCCCCUUACAGAAUGUCUGAAAUCCAAAUACAUCAAAUCAUCAACUGGCUAACAUUGGCUUCCAGUUUGGCAAUUGGUUCCUUGAAAUCAUGAAGAAAUCUUCGGAGUCUUACACUUUCCCAAAGCUUUCAUCUAUUCCAGCCUUAAUACCCAGAAGUGUCUGCACUCUCCCUUAUUUACCCAUAUGCAUUCUCAGUUAGAUGCCCUUACCUUCAGUUCACUGGGCUCUAAGAUCUGAGAUCCCCUCCCAAAUCUGAUCUUCAAAACCUUCCUCACCAAGAUCUUAUUUGCCUGCCUGAAGUGUGAUUUGAUGUCUUAAUUUUAUUUGACCCCCUUGGGACCUUUCACUAUAUCAUAGGUGUGGUUUGUUGAUGAAACAUUAACUGUGAGGUUCUGAGUAUAUAUUUGCAUUUUUCCUGAUGUAGUUACUGUACAUUUAAGACUUCUGUUAGGAUAUACUGCAUUAGGAUAGCAUACAUUUAUUGGGUAAUCCUUUUGUUAAUUGUCAUAGAAUGUUUCACUACACUAGUAGUGGUUCUGUGUUAAGUUUAAAAUAUAUGUUUACAGUUAGAAAGAUAAAAAAGUGGAUUUAUGCAUGAAGAUUCUCACUUUUCAGCUUGAAAUCCUCUCAAAUUCAUUACCUGAGUUCUAAUGUAGUACACCCAAAUGACUUCAAGUCCAGAUGAAAUCCACACUAGUUAGAAUUAAUGUGUUUGGGAGAGGAGGAAAGCCCAUUGAAUGGUAAAAAAGCAAUGUUUAACUAUUUGCUGUAGAGUGCAGGGUCAGAUUGGCUAUGACAAGGAAAUUUUGGAGUGGUAGUGAUGGGUGAAACAGAAAUGAGGAAGAUCCAACAGGUUACUGGAUUUUGUUUUGGUCAGAAAAAUGCUAAAAUUUAUGUUAGAACCUAUUGUUGGUUUUAUCAUUGGGUCCUACCACUGUUUUUAGCUUCUUACAUUGUUUCAUCCCUGAUGUAUUCUAACACUAGUCUACCCACAGGAUCUACAUUCUAAGAUGAUCCAUCCAGCUAUUCUUUCCUGUCAAGGAUGUGGUUUCCAGAUAAUUUGCCCUGUAAGAAUAAGAUAGUUGUUACUAUAUAUACACAUAUAAACCUUAAUUCUCUGUAAAUCUGAAGUCAUCCAAAAUUCUGCUCCUCAACUCUAAGAUCUCAACCUCCUUUUUCAUUCAUCACCUUUGUGCUUGCUGGUCAUCAUUGUUAACCCUAAAUUAGAAAAAUGUCAUUCUUAUUCUCAGGCAUCUCUUUUGCUAAUCCUUCCUUGCCAUUGUAAUUUUCUGUACUUUUUGCAGUGCUCCAAUUCUAGCCCUUCAUCACUCUUGAAUUUAAUUAAUCCACAGUUGAUGAGUGCACCUUCAGCUACCAACCGUAGAGUCUAGAAUUCACUACUUAAAGUUUAUUCCUGAACCUAUCCACUUUUAACACACUCAAAUUUUACCUGUGUGAUCUUCCUGUGGUCAUCUGUCUUAACAUUUUCUCAUGAUUCAAUGUCAUAUUUUAUUUAACAAGAUUGCUGUAAAGUACCCUGGGAGGUUUUGCUAUGUAAAGUUGCCUUAGUGAAGUACAAGUUGUAUACUUAUAUUUUGGAGUCCUGCUUGCCAGAAAAUUUUAUUUUCUUGAGGCUGUUACCUGAUUAAUGGAUAAAUCCCAAAUCAGAAUUA